AUGAAACGUACUCAACCAGAUUGGUCAUUCAAAAUUUUACUUAUUGGUGAUAGUGGUGUUGGUAAAACAUGUUUAAUGUUUCGAUUUGCUGACAAUAUGUUUGCCGAAUCAUUUACACCUACAAUCGGAAUUGAUUUUAAAAUCAAAACAUUACGUGUACGUGAUAAAACAGUUAAAUUACAACUUUGGGAUACAGCUGGUCAAGAAAAAUUUUUUAAUAUUACUCGAUCUUAUUAUCGUAAUGCUGAUGCAAUAAUUCUUGUUUAUGAUCGUACAGAUGCAAGUUCAUUUCAAAGUAUUGCUCGUUGGAUGAGAAAUAUUGAUGAAAAUGCUCCUGAUGAUGUUGUUCGAAUAUUAGUUGGUAAUAAAAGUGAUCUUCAUGAUCGUUUGAUUAUUUCAACUCAUGAAGGAAAAUUAUUAGCUGAUAAAUUUCGUGUAGAUUUUUUUGAAACAAGUGCAAAAUCAGAUACAAGUCCAACUGUAUCGAAAAUGUUUUAUUUUUUAACAGAAAAAUUACUUGAUCAAAAACAAGAAGCUGCAUUACGUGAACAACAAUCAUCAUCAACACAUCAAACAGGAAAUAUUAGUUUAACAAAUAAUCAAUCAGAAUCUACAUAUGGAAAAUUACUUGGUUGUUGUUCAUCAACCAGGACUCUUGAUGAUUAA